AUGUUGAACAAGAUCAGUCUACUGUUGUCUCUUCAGAUAAGUCUCCUAGGAACCACUUUUGGUGGGAAUGUUCUGAUUUGGCCAAUGGAAGGUAGUCAUUGGCUAAAUGUUAAGAUAAUUAUAGAUGAGCUGAUUAAAAAAGGGCAUAAUGUGACUGUCCUAGUUGCUUCUGGUGCACUUUUCAUCACACCGACCUCUAACCCAUCUCUGAUAUUUGAAAUAUAUGAGGUACCCUUUGGCAAAGAAAGAAUAGAAGGAGUGAUCAAGGACUUUGUUUUGACCUGGAUGGAUCACAGACCAUCUCCUUUAACCAUUUGGAGAUUCUAUCAAGAGAUGGCCAAAGUCAUCAAGGACUUCCACAUGGUGGCCAGAGAAAUCUGUGACGGUGUUCUCAAAAAUGAAAAGCUAAUGGAAAAGCUGAAGAAAAGCAAAUUUGAGGUCUUGGUAUCAGAUCCAGUCUUUCCUUGUGGUGAUAUAAUAGCUUUAAAAUUGGGACUACCAUUUAUCUACUCCUUGAGGUUUUCUCCAGCCUCAACAGUGGAAAAACACUGUGGGAAGGUACCGUACCCUCCUUCCUAUGUUCCUGCUAUUUUAUCAGAACUCACUGACCAGAUGUCUUUCACUGACAGAAUAAGAAAUUUCAUUUCAUACCAUCUACAGGACUACAUGUUUAAUACUCUGUGGAAAUCGUGGGAUUCCUACUAUAGUAAAGCUUUGGAUGGUAGCCAUUGGUUAAAUAUUAAAAUAAUUUUAGAAGAGUUGAAUCAAAGAAAUCACAAUGUGACUGUACUGGCUUCAUCAGCAACUCUAUUCAUCAACUCCAAUUCUGACUCUCCUGUGAAUUUUGAGGUGAUACCUGUUUCCUACAAGAAGAGCAAUAUAGAUUCCUUAAUUGAACAUAUGAUAAUGUUGUGGAUAGAUCACAGACCGACUCCUCUCACACUCUGGACUUUCUACAAAGAACUAGGAAAACUCCUAGAUACUUUCUUCCGAAUUAAUAUACAAAUCUGUGAUGGAGUAUUAAACAACCCCAAGUUAAUGGCAAGACUUUGGAAAAGUCGUUUCGAUGUGUUGCUGGCCGACCCAGUAACAAUCUGUGGAGAUCUGGUUGCUCUGAAAUUAGGAAUUCCAUUUAUGUACACCCUGAGGUUCUCCCCAGCUUCAACAGUGGAGAGACAUUGCGGAAAAAUUCCAGCACCUGUGUCCUACGUACCUGCAGCCCUUUCCGAGCUCACGGACCAGAUGACCUUUGGUGAAAGGCUUAAAAACACCAUAUCUUAUCCCCUGCAAGAUUAUAUAUUUCAAUCCUACUGGGGUGAGUGGAAUUCAUACUACAGCAAAGUCCUAGGAAGACCCACUACGCUAUGUGAGACCAUGGGAAAAGCAGAGAUUUGGCUCAUCAGGACAUACUGGGAUUUUGAAUUUCCUCGUCCAUACUUACCAAAUUUUGAGUUUGUAGGAGGAUUGCAUUGUAAACCGGCCAAACCAUUACCUAAGGAAAUGGAAGAAUUUGUCCAAAGUUCAGGUGAAGAUGGUAUUGUGGUAUUUUCUCUGGGGUCAAUGGUCAAAAAUCUCACAGAAGAAAAAGCCAAUCGCAUUGCCUCAGCACUUGCCCAGAUUCCACAAAAGGUUUUAUGGAGAUACAAAGGAAAGAAACCUGCCACGUUAGGAGCCAAUACUCGGCUCUAUGAUUGGAUACCACAGAAUGAUCUUCUUGGUCAUCCCAAAGCAAAAGCGUUUAUCACUCAUGGUGGAACCAAUGGGAUCUAUGAAGCUAUCUAUCAUGGGGUGCCUAUGGUGGGAGUCCCAAUGUUUGCUGAUCAGCCUGACAACAUUGCUCACAUGAAGGCCAAAGGAGCGGCUGUGGAAGUGAAUAUAAACACAAUGACAAGUGCAGAUUUGCUCAAUGCCUUGAGAACAGUCAUUAACGAGCCUUCUUAUAAAGAGAAUGCUAUGAGGUUAAAAAUGAUUCACCAUGAUCAGCCUGUAAAGCCCCUGGACCGAGCAGUCUUCUGGAUUGAAUUUGUCAUGCGCCACAAAGGAGCAAAGCACCUGAGGCCAGCCGCCCACAACCUCACCUGGUACCAGUACCAUUCUCUGGAUGUGAUCAGUUUCCUGCUAGCCUGUGUGGCAACAGCUGUAUUCUUGGUCACAAAAUGUUGUCUGUUUUCUUGUCGAAAAUUUGGUAAAACAGGAAAGAAGAGAAAAAGAGAAUAG